AUGGCGAUGCCUGAAAUGUUGAUGCAGUUUCUAUACCCGCCGCCGGCGUCUUGGAUCAUCUGGAUCAUGUCAGUGAUGAGCUUCGUUUCGUUAACGAAUGGAGGGUUAAUGGAAAUCAAAGGGAACAACAUGAAGUAUGCCAAGUUCCUUAAUAACGUCGGAUCUCCGGCGAAGAAGACCACUGAACAGAAGGUAAUCUCCAGUAAAACGGGGAUGCUAAUUGCCUAUGUUCCGGCAUUAACGGCUGGUUUGGCAUCUUUUCUGCUUCUCCGGCGGCCUUAUGAUCAUGAUCAGGGUUUGAGAUUUCAGAUGCUCCAAUUUGCCCUAAUCAUCCAUUUCUUUAAAAGGGUUUUUGAGGUACUCUUUGUUCAUAGGUUUAGCAGUGGGAUGGAGAUUGAAACAACAAUUAUAAUAUCUCUCAGCUAUUUUUCCUCCACGGCUACCAUGAUCUACACUCAGCAUUUGACUUCUUGGCUCUCGGAACCUCCGAUUGACCUCAAAUUCGUUGGAAUCGCCAUUUUCGUCACCGGAAUCGUUGGGAAUUUUUACCACCAUUAUCUGCUCUCGAAACUAAGAAGCGGGGGCCAAGAAAUCGUGGGCAACCACCUUAAAUACUCCAAAUUCGCCGCCGGAGGAGGAAUUAAACUUUCCAGCCGAACUGGGAUGCUUUUACUCUAUUCCCCUGCUUCCCUUGCCGGUCUUGCUACUUUUUUCAUCUUUCCCGGUGGUGGGAUCAGGUUCUUGUUGCUCAAAUUAGCUGUUACGAUUCAUUUCUCCAAGAGGGUCCUCGAGACUCUGUUUGUUCACAAGUAUAGUGGGGUUAUGAUGCUGGAUUCUGCUAUCAUUAUUUCGUCUUCCUAUUGCUUUGCUGCUGCUGCCAUGAUUUAUAUCCAUAGGAUGACUCUUGGGGUUGCUGAACCACUCAUUGAUCUCAAGUACCUAGGUGUCUUUCUUUUUUUAGUUGGCAUCUUUGGCAACUUUUAUCAUCAUCUUCUUCUUGCCAAUCUUAGAGCGAACAAUGAAAAGGGCUACAAGAUUCCAACUGGUGGCCUCUUCGAUCUGGUCGUCUGCCCCCAUUAUCUUUUCGAGAUUAUUGGAUUCAUUGGUAUUUCUUUCAUCUCUCAGACAUUGUUUUCGUAUACCUGCGCCGUUGGGGUUGCUUUAUAUUUGAUAGGAAGGAGUUACACUACAAGGAAGUGGUACAUUUCCAAGUUUGAUAAUUUCCCUCAGAAUGUGAAGGCUUUGAUCCCUUUUGUGUUCUAA